AUGAGUCAUCAGGAAGAUUCUUUCGACAACUCUACUAUUAUUACUACUACCAACUAUGAAAGCCAAACAGAGCUUCAAACGAAUGACAUUCAACUCGACACAGUAAUCCGGACGAAUAAUAUUGAGUCUAAUACCUCAACAAGCACCAACCAUAAUGAUGUCAACAAUAGCCUCCAAGAACCCUCACUCAUUUGUAUUUCAACUUCCUAUACCACAUCACCUAAUGUUGUCUCAGCUCUCAACGACCACUUGAUUCUUGGAACGAGUCCAACGCUUACUCCCCGCACUCCUUCUCAACCUCUUCUUACUACCUCGAAUGCUUGUGACGCGACAUGUACCACCCCUUCAUCUCCCAUCUCUCUCGACAGGGAGCAAACAUCAAUUCGUCCUAAAAGUCCAUCAUCUUCAAAUGAAGGUAAAUCAUCAUCUACUUUUGACAGACGUUUAUCAGAUGCUCGUCUUUUCAGAUUAGAGAAAGAUAGUAAAAGUGGUGUGAAUCAAUCAGUCAUUUCCCUCAAAACACCCAUGUCAUCCCAUUCCAAAAACAAAUCAACAGACAACUUUCGAAUUCGUACUUGUUUUGGAAUAUUGGAGUUGGGACGAGUGAAACUUUGCAACUUGCUUUCAUUGAUGGUCAAUUUAUUGGCAUUUGUCAUUUUGACAGUGUUCAUUGUUGGUGGUUAUGCAGGCCAAACAAAAAUUCAAGAGCUUGUUUCUGACGAUUUAGGACCAAUUACUGAAUUGAAUAGAAUUGAGAUGAUUAGUGCUUGUCGAGCUUCUGCUUUUUCAAACUUUAAUCCAAUUAUUUCUGCCAAUUAUUCCAAUCAAUAUAAUGUUUCUUUGCAAAAAUUUUUGACCAACGUGGAAUUGAUUCUUGAACGAAUACCUUAUGAAACAUAUUAUAAUGUUGUUAGGAAUAUUAGCUUUGAAGAUAUGAGAACUGUGAAGGCAAUGAUAUUGGAGUCCAAAGUUCUUUCGUACGUCAAGGAAGGGAAUUACACUAUGGCUAUGGCUACAUUAGAGUCCCCACAAUACAAGUACUAUUUGGAAGGAUUUAAAGAAGAGUUGCAACCUUUGGUGGAUUACGUCCAUGAAACGAAGGUGAAACUUCAAAAGUUAACAAUGACUGUCAUGACUGUAUGUUUGGUUGUCAUUGUAGUCUCUAUUGUGAUUGUCAUCCCAACUGUAAUUGCCUCGCUAGCAAUGUCGUUUAGAAAGGAUUCUUCCAAUAUCAAGAAGUUGAAGAAAAUCAAGACCUAUCUUCUCAAGGAUACAAUGAAAGAUGCAAAAGCAAGGAGUCAAUUUAAGAAUUUCUGCAAGCAAGAAUUGAGUUUGGACAAUUAUCAACUAUUAGAAAAGAUCAACGAUUUCAAGGUUUUAUGUGACAAAUGCAUUGACAUUCAAGUGUACUUAUUUGACCAAAGUGACACAAGCGUGUCUGAUGUCGGUUCUGAACAAAGCGCCACCACCAGUGGAACUGAAAAUUCUACUUCUAAAAAGAAGAAAAAAAAGAUGUACACAGAGAAAGAUUACAUUGCCAUUGAAAAGAAAAAGUACGAAAUUGCAUUUGAAAUUUACACCGAUUACUUGGAUGUUCGUGGUGACAAGUCUGUGAACAUUAACAAACAACUUGCUGAUCGAGUGAAACACAGUUUGGAUUUCUUUGCGACAGGACAAAGUGAGCAAUUACCUGAAAAUCUGUUUGACCAAGUUGAGUCAGAAAUAUGUCUUCUCUUAUUAGACACUCAUCGAAGAUUUAUAACAUCACUGGAGAAUCAAAAACAAAACAAGAUGGAACUUCUUACCAAACUCAAGCUCAGCCAAAAGACCCAAGUGAAACAGCAGUAA